UUGUAAACUUACGUGUAGAAAAAUCGCGAUAAAACUCGCGAAAUUACGAGCAACGUAACAAAAGACCGCCAUAGAAUCGACUGACUAUUGCAUACUGUAGUAUCGAUACGGACGUUGACGUCCCGAAGUUGGACUCGAGAUCUCGACGGGCGUCAGGCGCGAUCGGAGUGAAGUAGGCACGCGCGAGUCGAAACAUAACCUACGUUGACCAUAAAUUCCAUUUCUAUCGAUUCAUCUCCUAAUAAGAUAAAGAUGGCUAUGACAUAAAGAAGCAAGAAGAAGUGCUUCAAGAAUCCCUUAUGAUGGUACCUGACUGCCAAAGACGUCUUGUUAAAGCAUUUGAAGAACUCAAGAAGAUUUUAGACACCGAGCAAGAUUUAAAAGAAGUUGAAGAUUACAUCGAAGCAGAAAAAGUACUGCAGGAAGCAGAGGCGCAACUACCAAAAGAGGGAGAUAUUUUACAGAUGUGUUAAAAAAGUGCUCUUUGAUAAAUUUUGCUAAAUUAUUUUUUAAUAUUCAAUAUUUUUCUUUCUCACCUUUACUAACAUUUGACAAAUUUUACACUCAAAAUCUAUUGUAGUCUAAGUUCUCUUUUUUUAUUAUCAUUCUCACUUGGAUAUACUAUUAAACAAACAUGUACAGUGAUCAAUCCUUUCAGCAAAAUGCUGUACAAACUUAUGAAAAUGUGCAUUUUAACAUGUAUUACCCAAUAAUUCAACAACCAUUUCCAUAUAAUGUAAAUUAUGAUGGGAAUAUAUAUUAUAACGUUUAUCCAAGCCAUGUAACAUGUGAUAACAAUAUUGUUAAUGACGCGACGUCAAUCGAUAGACUAAGAAGACAGGAAGAUGAAAAGGCCAUUGAACAAUUUCUUCAAGAGACAGAAUUGCUAAUUCCUGCUAAAAAUAAACAGAAAGAGCCAUGUAAGAUUGCAGCUACUAGGAGUGCGUUGAUGACAGUGGCAAAAUUAAAUAAGCAACUUGAGACUAUUUGUGUGGAACUCAAGGACAACAUUGACUUACCAGAAGCACAAUGGCAGGAGAAAGUCAGUGCCUGUAAUGCUGCAAAACAUGAAAUCUGUGAAAUUUUAAAAACAGUAAAUGAUGUAAACUUUUUGAAUAAAGUUAAAAACGACUUAGAAAAACGUAAGAAAAAACGUAUAAGAGAACAACGUAGAAGGAAAGAACAUAAAAAAGAGAAAUUAAUGAGGGAAGAAAGAAGAAUAAGAUUGCAUGCGGAGGCUAAUUUAUGGAUUCGAAAGGAACAGGCGGUAAUUGAGCAGGAGAAACAAGAAGAGAAUUUACGUAAGGAUGCAGAUAUGGUUUUGUCUGACGUUCGAAGCAAAAGAAACGAUGCACGAAAGUACUUAGGAAUUUUGCAAGAACUACAGAAUUUACGGAAGAUCAAAACAAACAUUGCUCGAGCGAGAGGCGAAAAAUUAUCCUUAGCAACUGAAGAAGUAUUCAAUGAUAUGAUUACUAAAUUAAUAAACCAAUGGACUAUUCUGGAUCAUGAGUAUGCAAUAGAAGAACAGGAGUUAAAAUUAAUGCUGAAAAUGGAUAACGAGAAGAGAAUCAAAAAACAAACGAAAAAUUUAUUUGAUGAUUGGGAAAAUGUAUUAUUUGGAACAAAUAUAUUAGCUGCCGAACAGUCUUAUACAAAUACGGAUAGCCUUAUCAUGAUUCGUGCGGCCUGGGAUAGAUUCAUCAGUUCAGAGAAUGAUGCAACAACGAUUCCAACGGGAUGGAUAGUGCCUGAAAAACCAUCUUCUGCUGCUUGGCAAAAAUAUCUCAAUAAAGAAACUUCUUAAAAUAAGCAAAUGUCAAUAUAAGUUUACUUAAGGAAGAAUAACUAAAUAAACGAAUUCAAUAAAUAAAUCAUUUAUUAGCAGAUUGUAAAUCAAGA